GUCACUUCCCGGGCUGGCGGCCUCGCCGCAAUCCGGGCCGAGUCGGCGAGCCGAGCGCCCGGGCCAUGACCGUAGGGGCACUGCUGCUGCUGCUGGGGGUGCUCGGGGCGCCCCUCGCCCCGGGCGCCCGCGGCUCGGAAGCCGAAGGCCAACUGCGAGAGAAACUUUUCUCGGGCUACGACAGCUCGGUGCGGCCGGCGCGGGAGGUGGGCGACCGCGUGGCGGUCAGCGUGGGCCUCACCCUGGCGCAGCUCAUCAGCCUGAACGAGAAGGAUGAAGAAAUGAGCACAAAGGUGUACUUAGACCUGGAGUGGACAGACUACAGGUUAAGCUGGGACCCGGCAGAACACGAUGGCGUCCAGUCUCUCCGCGUGGCUGCUGAGUCCGUCUGGCAACCCGACGUGGUGCUGCUGAACAACAAUGACGGAAACUUCGACGUUGCCCUGGACAUUAACGUCGUGGUAUCCUCCGAGGGCUCAGUGCGCUGGCAACCCCCUGGCCUGUACCGCAGCAGCUGCAGUAUCCAGGUCACCUACUUCCCCUUCGACUGGCAGAACUGCACCAUGGUGUUCAGUUCCUACAGCUACGACAGCUCCGAAGUCAGCCUGAAGACGGGCCUAGGUCCUGACGGCCAGGAGACACAUGAAAUCUACAUUCAUGAAGGCACCUUCAUUGAGAACGGCCAAUGGGAGAUUAUCCACAAACCGUCCAGGUUAAUCCAGCUUCCAGGGGAUCCUAGAGGAGGGAAGGAAGGGCUCCGAGAGGAAGUUAUCUUCUGCCUCAUUAUCCGACGAAAGCCUCUCUUCUACCUGGUCAACGUCAUCGCCCCAUGCGUCCUCAUCACUCUCCUGGCCAUCUUUGUCUUCUACCUCCCACCGGAUGCAGGAGAGAAGAUGGGGCUCUCCAUCUUCGCCCUGCUCACGCUCACCGUGUUCCUGCUGCUGCUGGCAGACAAAGUGCCAGAGACGUCCCUGGCAGUCCCCAUCAUCAUCAAGUACCUCAUGUUCACCAUGGUCCUCGUCACCUUCUCGGUGAUCCUGAGCGUCGUGGUUCUCAACCUGCACCAUCGCUCACCCCACACCCACCAGAUGCCCUUCUGGGUCCGCCAGAUCUUCAUUCACAAGCUCCCUCCGUACCUGGGUCUGAAGAGACCCAAACCCGAGAGAGACCAGCUGCCCGAACCGCAUCACUCUUUUCCUCCAAGAAGUGGCUGGGGCCGAGGAACUGAUGAAUAUUUCAUCCGGAAGCCUCCAAGUGAUUUUCUUUUCCCUAAACUUAACAGGUUUCAGCCUGAACCAUCUGGCCCGGACCUGCGACGGCUUAUCGAUGGCCCGACGCGGGCUGCAGGUCUGCCUCAGGAGCUACGUGAGGUCAUUUCUUCAAUCAGCUACAUGGCCCGACAGCUGCAGGAACAGGAGGACCACGACGCGCUGAAGGAGGACUGGCAGUUCGUGGCCAUGGUUGUGGACCGUCUUUUCCUGUGGACCUUCAUCGUUUUCACCAGCGUCGGGACCCUGGUCAUUUUCUUAGAUGCCACGUACCAUUUGCCCCCUUCCGAACCUUUUUCUUGAGGACCCGAGGGCCAUUUUUGGCCAGGAGUUGCAGGUGUCCUGGGGCUGUGUGACGCUUGACUCCUGUGGGAACCUAGUUUCUGGGAAGCCGCUGAAGUGGGCCUGGGGGCCGGCAAGGGUGUCUUGGACACACUGGAAAUGCCCUUCUACUUAGGGUUUUGUUCUUCUGGGGUUUUGUUGUUUCUGAGACAGAGUCUCACUCUCUGGCCCAGGCUAGCCUGAACUAUGCUGUCCAGGCUUGCCUCAAAUUCCCAGGAAUGUCACUUCCUUAGUUUCCCACGUGUUGGGAGCCAGCGCAUUUGGAUUUGGAUCUUGAAGCUACACUCAGGGUCACAGAUUAGAUCUCUAAUGCAAUAGAACCGUAAGCGGCUAGUAGAUUGUAAGCCUUUUGAGGACAGGAAAUGUGGUGGUGACUGUAACGUCCCAGCAAUGCACAAGGGGCCUAGCCCGUAAGUUCGUAACAUUUGUUGAAUCUUCAACAGAGGGGAAAAUUGGGGGGGAAGGAAAUAUCUAGAAUACUGCCUGCAACUCAUGUUGUGAUUAACCGUUUCUAUUUUUAACUUUCUAUCAUUUUUUUUUUUGUAAUGAUUCCCACCUUUAGACUGAAAAAAAAUUUUCUAAAAAGAUCUUAUUAAGCCAGGCAUGGUGUCUCCUUCUUAGAAGACCAGCGUUGAAGGGCCGAGAGGAUUACUGUGGGUUUGCAGCAAGGCAACUAUAGAGCAAGCCCUUGUCUCAUACAAACCACCUUAUUCAAGUUCCAGCUUUGGCACACAAACCCCUAAAUGACUCAGACUGUUUCUGUCCGUAAAAUAAAGCAGAUAGUGGUAUAUACUCA